AUGGCGCUCGUUGGAUACUGCAUGGGGGGCUUUGCGGCCACCUACGCUGGCUAUCAUCCGAAUCCCACCGUUGCCAGAUUCUAUCAUACUGCGCCACCUUCUGCUGUUUAUCAGCAGACCACGGUUCCUUUCCUCACCAAGACUCUGCUGCCAGCUGCUCCUAUCUACACGAAGUCAAUUGUGGCCGCACCUGCUCCCUAUACGGUCGCCCAGACAGUGGUUCCUGCAGCCGCACCCGUGCCAGUUGUAAAGACCGUAGCCGCCCCUGCCCCGGUCGUUCCUGUACUGAAGCAAGUGGAGUUGCAGGCGGCACCUCGUUAUGAUUUCUCGUACGGCGUGCACGAUUCGGUGACCGGAGAUAUCAAGAGCCAGGUGGAGUCGCGCAGCGGCAGCAAUGUGGUUGGCACCUACAGCGUCCUGGAUGCCGAUGGUUACAAGCGCACUGUCACCUACACAGCCGACGAUAUCAAUGGUUUCAAUGCGGUGGUGCAGCGCGAGCCAGUUGUAGCGGUGCGCGCCGCUGCUGCUGCAGUGCCAGUGGCCGCUGCCGCUUUACCCACACCCAUCAAUGUGCUGCAGCCACAGUACUAUCAGCAGCCACAAUUGGUGCAGCAGCCACAACAAUUGGUGCAACAGCCACAGCAAUUGGUGCAACAGCCACAGCAACUGGUCCAGCAGCCACAGCAAUUAGUGGAGCAGCCACAGCCCAUCAAUGUGGAGCAGGAGAGCGAAGUUGUAGAAGCACCACGCCAGCCAGAACAGGAGCCAGCGCCCGUUGACUACACAGAGAGCCAACAACAGCCACAGCAGCAGCCACAAUAUCCUCAGGAUCAGCAGUUCCCGCCUUAUCCCGCUGCCGGUGCUGCGCCUACGCCCUCCAUCGAUGAUUCAGAUGUUGUGGAGGCCCGAUCAGCCCUUGAGUCCGAGGCAAGCAGCACCACACCAGCCAGCGAGGAGCCACUGGAGGAGAACAAGAAGACGGCUUAG